AUGCUGCCAACAAACCUGAGGUCCAUCCUCGCCGUCAUUGCCGUGGCCGUCACGGUCUCAGCAAAUCCCUAUCCGAAACUCAUCGGCUGCGUCGAUGUCGUUGACAUCAAGACAGGCAAAGUCGCUGACUGCGUGCCAGUCGGCCAACUCCCGAACGGCCAAGACUCCAAUCAUACGAAACACCAAGGAAAACACGCCAGAAGGAGAGCGAAAGCCAACGAAAAUAACCUCUGCGUGAACCUCAAGUUCAAUACCCAAUCCCCUUCCACCACAACCGGCCCCGACCAAAAUCGCUGCGUCUCCUUCUCCACCCUCCGCCAGCUCCAAACCGACUACCAAUACCAACACUCGUUGAAACCAAGAGGCGACGAGGGCGACAACGUCGCCUCCAACGAACCCUGCCUCGACGUCUACUACCUUUCUCCCAAGGACAACACCACCAUGACCGGAUCCUGCGUCCCCAUCUCCGACCUCGAAAAAUACGAAACCGUCACCAUCAACCCCAUAGACCCCCCUUCUGAUGGCUCCCCAAAUGACCCCUAUGGCGACCUCUCAUCAAAACGCGACUUCGGCCCCGGCGUCAACUACACCUUCUGCACGGAGCCCUACGACGUGAUCCCGCACCUCCAGUACGAGUCGCCGCACUACCUCGACUGCGUGAUGAUACCAGCCAACGCGCUCGGCCGCAGCCGCUACUUUACCUACCGCACGUCCAACGAUGCGUACACCCUGUUGACGGCAAAGACGUGCGAGCUCGCGCUCAGGACGACGGGCACCGUGGUGAAGAAGGGGGAGAUCCUCAAGAUCGGCAAUACCGAUAUCGAGCGGUCGUAUCUACAUGGCGUCAAGGCCAUCAAUGAUUUGCCGGCUAAUGCGGGUGGCAAGCAGCAGCUUUGGUAUGCGCAGGGGUUUGAGGUUGAGGGCAAGUGGAAGUGUUGGGAUAAUGCGGAGACGCAGCAGUAUCAGGUGUAUUUUGGGUAUAAGCUGAAGGGGAGCAAGCCGGCGUGGUGGGAGGGGAUGGGGAAUAGGUAGUUGAGUGAGUGAGUUGAGGGAGUUACGCAGUACCUAGGAGGGGAGGCCCGGGAUGGGGAUUGGAGAUGGUGGAAGUUUGGGAAGAAAUGGAAAGAGCAAAGGUUGCCCGAUGCCAUCACCCCCGGAGUUGACGUGGGAAGAGGGAAGGUGCGUGGGGUGGAAUUGAAGGCCGGAAGGAAAGAAGGAAGGGUGUACCG